AUGUCACUUGAAAAUAUUCCAUUCAUAUUCUGGAACAAGAACAGCCAAGGCUUAAUUCAUAACAUUACAUGUACCUCUAUCAAAGACAAAAAAAUUUGCACGGGAUGCGAUUCUGGUGAAAUUUGUAUAUAUUUUUUAUAAUAAAUUUCCAAUUUUUAUCAAAAACCCCAUCCCCAAAUCCUCCUAAUUUUUUUUUAAAUAUAUUUAAUUUAGCUCAGCUUAUGAACCCAGAUUCAAGAUAAAUUUCUCCCACACGUGAUCUGCACAAUCGGAAAAGACGUUGAGUGUCGCGCCCUCACCUUUAUUACCCCUUUGAAUUCUGAUUUAAUUGGCUGCGAUCAGUGUAUUGCUUCUCUUCAUGCUGAUAGUAUCAUUAGAUGCUGAGACAUCAGAGAUGGCCGGUGCAUAAUUUCUUCAGAAAAUGGGACGCUGCCAAAUUCUACGAGGCUUGAUAUGAUGAUCACUAUUCAGCAACGAUUUUUGGCGAUUUCUGGAGAAAUUAUGAAUAUUUUCUUAGUGGAUAGCUGGACAAUGGAAAUUUUGGCGACAUAUACGAUGGAUAACAAGGUAUCGUGAAUUUCAAGCUGAAACCAUUUGGCAAAUAAUUAUCUUGCAGGGUCAGAUUUAGGAGGAAAAAUCGAGUUUUGAAAAAUCCCAGAUUUGAAAAAUUUCUCGUAUGGAAAAGACGAUUUUCCUGGGUUUAAGCUGGAUGCUGUGUAUAAGGUCUAUACUGAUGAAAACCCAACAUCUUUUUGUUUUUCCCAGACUGACUCGAUAAUGGCUAUUGCUCACGCGAAAAGCAUACAAUUUUUGCAUGAGGACUGGAUCAUGUCAAAAGUCCAAGAAAAAGCAUUUUUGGAGAUGGACAAGCCGAUAGUCUCAAUUGGAUUUUCUUAUUAUUAUUUUUUUGUUUUUUUGAAUGAUGGGGUUUUGUUGAGGUAUGAGUCUAUGAAUAUUUUAAAUGAAAUCACUGAAGAUGAAUUGAGCUUAAGUCGCUCACUCCCCAUUAAGGGGCUUAAGGAGCCUAAAUUUUUUUUUUAAAUUAUAAGGAUCAAAUAUAUAUAUAAAAUUUUUGAUUGUUCAGAAAGGAGAUAAUUUCUAGCAUUUUUCCUGGGAGAGUCAGGAUCAAAAAUCAUGACAGUUUUAGCAAAUGAUGAAUAUAACUUAAAUAGUUUGGAAAGCGAAACCACAUAUAUCGACAGGACACUUAAUAAUACUAUUUUUUAUAACGAUUUCAUUAUUUCUUAUAAGCAUCAAUCUAUCAUUAUUUUGAAUUUGCUUGAUUUCAAGCCUGACAAGAUUACCAAUACCAAUAUUAUACAAUUUUCAUUAAAAUCCAUUGGCCAUGAAAGCUACGCAGACAGCAGACUGCACCUUUUAUUCAAAGAAAACGAAAUUAUUACAGUUAGCACUAUAGCCCUAACUGAUAAAUGGCCAUUUUAUUUAAUUGGGACUUCUCUAGGGAAUAUUUAUGUGUGCCCAUUUCAGCCUAACCAGCUAGUCUAUACCUAUUCCUACCACAAAGCUCCUAUAACCUGCAUUUAUUUAACAAAAAACAAGCUCGUCACUUGUGGAAAAGACAGUCUUAUGUGUCUAUGGGAAUUUUCAAUAGAAAAUCACGAAAUUGAAGCAAAAAGUCCUGAAAAACAAAACGAAAUAUACCCAAAAGCACCGAGAAUGUUUUUUAGGUCGCAAACGAGUUAUCAAAACCAAGCUAGUUCUGCAAUCCGUCCAGAAGUAAAGAAAAACCAUCCUGAGCAAGUGAUCCCUAUUCAUACAUCUGCAGUCAAAAAAGUGAUAGAGAUUUCAAUUUUAGGUGAAAAUAACAGCCAUUCUAUUUUGGAUUAUUGGAAAAGGAUUAUUUUAUCUCAGUGCAAAGAUGGGUCUAUUUUGCUGAUUUCGCUUAUAACAAAUAAUAUUCUUUGUUAUUUUCAGCCUCUGCAGUCAAAUGUAUGCUGCAUUUAUUAUAAAAAUACUAUAAAAAUAAAAAUUUAUACUGUUUUUUAUAAUGAAUUAGCAAUUUCUGUGCCAAAAUUUAUAUUAAAUCUACUAAUUAGUAAUAAUUGAAGCCCAUUUAUUAUUAGCCCAAAAUUACUUGUUUAUUAUAUGUGACAAUCAAAAACUAUAUAUUUUUGAUACUGAAUCCAAUAAUUAAAUAUUGUGUCUUGGUUUGGGUAUGUUUUUAUUAUAUCUGUCAAGGUUUUGCCUACUCAGAAAUGGAUAGCUAUAUAGCUAACAAUUACAACUGUGUGGGAUACCAGCCUUCUCUGCUUUAAUAUUGGAUUAAACCUAAUGGAAAGGGGAACUUAGAGCUAGAAAUGGGAAGCCAAGCCUAUCGGGCAACUCUUCAGUGUCGACCUAGGCUUCAAGUUUUUCCUUUAUAUCGACAGAAAUUCCUUUUUUUGGGGAUUUUUGUGCAGACAAUUUACUUUUUCCGUCAGCCUUAAGGCUGCAGAAUUCCAUAGUCUACCUACUUAAAACUGGAGCUAAAAGUAAAGAAAAGGCCUUUACAGCAAGCAAAGCUUCAGCCAUCUAUGCAACCUGAGCUGAAGGAAUAGCAAGGUGCCGUUCGAGCUAACUUGCUAAGUUAGGCAUUUUAGCCAUUCAAGCGAAUGAUCUUCUAUAAGAUUCCCAACAAUAAAUCAGUAUCCUUCUUUAAUAAGUUUAAUUUAAGAUACUGCAAUUCAAGCUUUAGAAAGAGCAAUCCCUAUGGACCAAAUUCACAUUAUCCUAAAUCAAGAAAUAAACGCUCCUUUAUCCCCAGUAAAGGAAAAAGAAAAAGAAGUGUCCUCAUACAUCCACAAACUCUUAUGAAACCAUAUAAAAUUUCAAUGUGAAGAAGGCUAUAAAGCUCCUAUUACAGUUGACCAAAUUUCUAUUGGUGGAUCUGAUUUUCCACUUCUUCAUGCUAAUGUCUCCAGUGCUAUAAAGCGGAUUAAUGAAAAUUCAUUAAGAUUGUCUGAGGCUGAGUACCUUCUAGGACUAAUUACUUGCUGAAAAGCUGAGUGUAAAGGCCAUACUUCCCUUAAGGAGUAUUUAAAAAAAUAUUUAUAUUUAUUAAAAAAUGAUUAAGUCUUUUAAGGAUUUUUAUAUUUUUCUAAUAAAAUAUAGAAGUUUUUAUUAUUUUUAAAAUAGGAAUAAGUUUUGAAGAGCCUUUAGUAUCUUGCCAUAUCGGCGUAAGAGGCUACAAUAACUGCUAUUCCUUUAUGCUUCCUAUAUGUAGCGAUAAAUAUGAAAUUUCUGGAUAUUUAACUAGCUGCCUAUUAGGCUCAGGCUUGGCUUUUGCUUAUGCAUUUCAACAUAAAGAUGGCUCAACCCGCAGAAAACUGAAGCAGUUUAUGAAUUCCCAUUUAUCCUUCCACGAAAACUACAAGCCAGCUGAUAUCUCUGCCUUAGUUAUACAAUAUCUAAACGGAAACCUCGCCAGUGGCUUCUUAAUUAAACAAGUUUUACCUUACCUAGAAAACAGAAAAAAAACAAAUUUAGUGAAAUCCUGCAUUUUUUUAUUAGAAAAUAAAGCAGAAACAGAAAGCAAAAAUGUGUCGUUUAUUGAAGCUUUAUAUGGAGAACUUUUGGGGACGGCAAAAAUACUGCAAGGCUCUGCAAAAAAACUGUAAGGCCAGUAAAAAAAAUGGCAAAGCCAAGCAAAAAAAUGUAAAACUUGCAAAAUUUUUGCAAGUUUUGCAAAAAAUUGUAAAAAAGCGAAAAAAAAAAAAAAGCAAAGCCAUGCAAAAAUUUUAAAAAAAUGAAAACUUUCGCAAAGCAGGCAAAACUUUGCAGAAUGGCAAAAAAGUUGCAAAAAUUGGCAAAAAUCACGAUUAGAAAAUUUAACAUUGAAAUUUAAUAAUUUAUUGGAAGUGUAGUACAAUGUUAAAUUAUUUAAAAACAAAUAAUAUAGAAAAAAUAGAAAUUAAUUUCGUGAAAUAAAUGCUAAAGUCUAAUACAAAUAUCUUUUAAAGAAUUUUCCAAAAACAUAACUUAAAAAUUUUCAAAAAUUUGGAAAAUUAUUUGUAUAUACUACACUUCCAAUAAAUUAUUAAAUUUCACUGUUAAAUUUUCUAAUCGUGAUUUUUGCCAAUUUUUGCAACUUUUUUGCCAUUCUGCAAAAGUUUUGCCUGCUUUGCGAAAUUUUUCAUUUUUUUAAAAUUUUUGCAUGGCUUUGCUUUUUUUUUUAAAUUGCUUUCGCUUUUUUGCAAGUUUUGCAUUUUUUUGCUUGGCUUGCCAUUUUUUUUUACUGGCCUUGCAGUUUUUUGCAGUAUUUUUGCCGUCCCCAAAAGUUCUCCGCUUUAUAUGUGUCGAUUUUAGGGCUUUUUUGUAAUGAAAAUAGAGAUUUAAAUGCAAAAGUGGUGCAGAAUAUUCUGAAUUCAUUAAGAAAUAUGACGAAAACUGGGAUCUCGCAUUACGUAGCAAUUGCUUCAAAAAUAAUUGGGAAUGGAAUUGGAGCUUGGAGACAAUGCUUUACUACAGAGCAGAUCAUGGAAAUUUGUAGAGAAUUUUUAAGGGAUGCAGGGAGCCAUGAUGCAGUUUAUAAGAAAAUUUUGUAUAGAGGGGUCACUAAGAUCGCAUGCCAUGAUUUUAUGCUUUAUUUGAAAUUUUUGUCACAUGAUUUGGAAGAUAUGGAGACUGAUAAAAAGUAUCCAAAAACCUGUCUGUCCUCAUUAAAACACCUUGUAAUCCAAAAAUAUGAAGAAUUCCCACGAUUUUUGCCUGAUAUUAUUGAAGUUAUCUUAAAAACUCUUAACCCCCACAACCCAAUUCUAAGGAAAAAUUGUUUAGAAAAAGCUAGCACUCUCCUAAAAAAACUUGUCCAUAAGCUUCCAAUGGUCGCCUUCAGCCAGGUAACCCAACGUCUUGCUAUAGGCACUCUUGAUAAAUUUAUUGUGAUUUAUGACUUAAAAACUGCGUCUCAAUGAAAAAUUCUUGAAGGCCAUGAAGACGCUGUCUGUGCUAUUGAUUUCGAUAAAAAAGGUAAUAAAAUCGCUUCUUAUUGUGCUAUUGGCAGUACGCUGCGUAUAUUUAAGAUAGAAAAAGGAUUUUUCCAUGAUAUUUUAUCAUCGUCAUCAAAACCAUCAAAAACUGUGCCGCUACAGAAGGUGGUUAAUUCUGCACAAAAUUAUAAGGAAUUUUUAUACAAUUUUAAGGUAAAUUGAUAGUAAAAACCUGAGGAUUUUUUAUUGUUUAGAAAUAUGUAAUUUUGAGAAAAAUUAAUAAAAAUAGGAUAAAUAUAGUGAAAAUCGAUUGGACGGUGACUGGGGAUAUAAGUCUCCGCAGAGAAGACGGCCAAACUUAUAAAAUUUCAGUAUAA